UAGACAUCUUAUCUCAGAGGAAGAUCAUGAAAUAAAUCCUGGUUCUAUGAAUAUCCAGUUUGAUUCAUCAGAUCUAAGAUCCAAAAGGCACUCAGCAUCCCGAUGAAAACAGUUGGAAAAGAAAACCUUUCAGAUUCAUUCUGCUCUCAGAGUACCCAAGCCAACCAACUGUGAGAAGUGAAUCCUUGCCUUUGUACAUCCAGUUUUUCAUGGAGGACAAGAAGUCAUUUUCUUCAAUGGCUGACUUCCAGAAGUUUUGCCUGAGUGUUUUUUGUCAAGCAUAUAUUCCCUUCUUUAGGCCUUUCUAUAUAGAGCCCACAAACAUCGUCAAUGUGAAUGAUGUCAUUCAGAGGGUUAGUGACCAUGCCUCUGCCAUGAACAAGAGGAUUCAUUACUACAGCCGGCUCACCACUCCUGCAGACAAGGCACUGGUUGCUCCAGAUCAUGUAGUUCCAACACCAGGGGAGUGCUAUGUAUAUAGUCCGUUAGGUUCUGCUUAUAAACUCCAAAGUUACUCUGAAGGACAUGGGAAAAACAAUAGUUUAGUCACCAUUUUUAUGAUUUGGAAUACCAUGAUGGGAACAUCUAUAUUAAGUAUUCCUUGGGGCAUUAAACAGGCUGGAUUUACUACUGGAAUGGGUGUCAUCGUGUUGAUGGGCCUCUUAACACUUUAUUGCUGCUACAGAGUGGUAAAAUCACGGACUAUGAUAUGUUCAUUAGAUACCACCAGUUGGGAAUAUCCAGAUGUCUGCAGACAUUAUUUUGGCCACUUUGGGCAGUGGUCCAGUCUCCUUUUCUCCUUGGUAUCUCUCAUCGGAGCAAUGAUAGUUUAUUGGGUGCUUAUGUCUAAUUUUCUUUUUAAUACUGGAAAGUUUAUUUUUAAUUUUAUUCAUCACAUUAAUGACACAGACAGUAUACCGAGAACCAAUAAUAGCAAUCCUGUGAUUUGUCCAAAUGCUGGGAGUGGUGGCCAUCCUGACAACAGCUCCCUGAUUUUCUUCACCAAUGACACGGAAGUUGAACAGUUCGCAAAGUGGUGGAAUAAAUCCAAGACAGUACCCUUUUACCUUAUAGGGCUCCUCCUGCCACUGCUCAAUUUUAAAUCACCAUCGUUUUUUUCAAAAUUUAAUAUCCUAGGCACAGUAUCUGUUCUGUAUUUGAUUUUUUUUGUUACCUUGAAGGCUAUUCGCUUGGGAUUUCAUUUGGAAUUUCAUUGGCUUACACCAACAGAAUUUUUUGUACCAGAGCUAAGAUUUCAGUUUCCACAGCUGACUGGAGUGCUUACUCUUGCUUUCUUUAUUCAUAAUUGCAUUAUCACACUUUUGAAAACCAACAAGAACCAAGAAAACAACGUGAGGGACCUGUGUAUUGCUUAUAUGCUGGUAACAAUAACCUAUCUGUAUAUAGGAUUCCUGGUUUUUGCUUCUUUUCCUUCACCUCCAUUAUCCAAAGAUUGUAUUGAGCAGAACUUUUUAGACAACUUCCCUAGCAGUGACAUCCUGUCCUUCAUUGGAAGGAUAUUCCUGUUGUUCCAGAUGAUGACUGUGUACCCACUCUUAGGCUACUUGGCUCGUGUCCAGCUAUUGGGCCAUGUCUUCGGUGACAUUUAUCCUAGCAUUUUCCACGUGCUGAUUCUUAAUAUAAUUAUUGUGGGAGCUGGAGUGCUCAUGGCCUGUUUCUACCCAAACAUAGGAGGGAUCAUAAGAUAUUCAGGAGCAGCAUGUGGCCUGGCCUUUGUAUUCAUAUAUCCUUCUCUCAUCUAUAUAAUUUCCCUCUACCAAGAAGAGCGUCUGACAUGGCCUAAACUAAUCUUUCACAUGUUCAUCAUCAUUUUGGGCUUGGCUAACCUGAUUGUUCAGUUUUUUAUGUGAAAAUUAGUUUUCUCAAGAUCUUUCAUGGUAUUUUGAACCUCAACAACAGUUCUACAUAAACUCACUUGUAAAUGCUAUUGUUGCUGUAAUUCUAAAUGUUUUUCUAAGAAAAUCUGAAAAGAAGGGAAAUGGUGCAUUAAUACAUAUUCUUUGUAGACUG